AUGCGGGAUUUAAAAUGCGACGACACAUUGCUCAUGACCUGUGUCAUCGUCGCAGAAAUCAUCCUCGCUUCUUUCGUGACUUCGUCGUCCUCUUCAAAUAUCCAUCCCAGUGAGAUCCCACUUGCUUUCGAGGGAUCUGAGGGUGUUGAACACUCGACAACGACUGCAAGUGGCUUCAUUCAAGCACGGAAUUUUUCGAUUGAAGAUUCUCAAGCUGGUGAAGAUGCAGUCGGCAGCUCAGAAAAAGCCACGAAUGCAUCCUUCCGGUCGAUCUUGAAAGGGUCUCUUGGAAACAAGGCUUCGACGACACGCCGAGGAGAGCAGCCGAACUUCGUUUCCACGUCGCCAGAGAAAAAUCGCUCUCGAGAGAGUCCGGAAAUGAACGUGGCCCUCGCAAAAUAUUCUCCACCGGAAGUAGACCUUGUCCGGAAUUCCAACGGGCACUCGGGCAAAGUUCAAGAUGGCCGAGUUGGGAAUUCGCGGCAAGUGGGAAACCGUGUCGACGACGACACUGGCCUCGUUGAAGGUAAUAAAAAACGGGAAUAUCCCGGGUUGCCGACGACGACGCAGGAUAAGGAAAAAUACCCCGGGUUGCUGAACCGCGUUCAGGAACAGGAUCAGCAGAAAGCGGUCAACGUCUCGCUUUACCACGCCUACGGCAAUAACAAGUCCCUGAGUGGGUUCGGGUUCCCCGAGGGACCCGGACAAAAUCAAUCUUCCUCUCAGUUGACGUUAACUGGGCGGGAUUCCGAGGCAAAAACUCGGGGGCCGCUCAUUUUCAGGGAUGGUUCCACAGCAGCCCAAGAAAAUCAACUGCAACAACAUGGACAGCGAGAGGAACCAGAUGGGGUUGCGGAGCAAAACGGGUCAUGUCCGGUUCGCUGGACGUUCCACGAAGGCAAAUGUUACAAAUGGGUUGACGGGAAGCCCGAGUCAGAGCGGUCGGUUCCUUGGCGAUUCGGGGAACCGCUGUUAACGCGGGACAGCGUCGUCGUCGUCGUCAGGGAUGCCCCAGUAAACAGCAGCAGCAGCAGCAGCAGAAUGAACAGCCCACAGCGUGCUAAAAAUCAGCGAACCGGUCACCGUGCCAAAAGAGCGUGUGCCGCGAUGGGGCCGGAGUUUUCCGACACUUCCGCCCUGUCCGUCGCGUCCGCCAAAUGCGAGUCCCUCAAGGGGUUCGUGUGCCAAGUUCGAGCCGGGCUUUGGAGACCAGGCUUCAUCGAUCAACGACUCGAAGAUCGAUGUGAAAAACAAGGGAAACCGGGUUGGCAUUUUUAUUCGGGAACUUGCUACGGAUUUUUCGGCCUGGGACGACAUCAAAUGUCGGAGAACGUCGUUGACGUCGGACGUGUCAAGACUGAUGUUGUCGGCGAAUUGAACGACGACGAACAACUUCCGUGGGAUUUAGCACAAGCAAAGUGCCGGGACUUUGGAUCUGAACUCGUCGUGAUUAUGGAUGAAAACACCAAUGAAUUCUUGUUGCACCGCGGACAGGCCGUUCAAAAGGCAACUGACAUCAUUGAGGAACUCCGACGAACAAAAGGAGAAAAGAGCCACCAGGCUGUUGUCAAUGCCAUUCUUGUUUUCAAGAGGAUUGGCAACACUGGGACAACUCGUCAGAGGCGCCGUUGGCAAUUUGAAAAUGCCUGUGCAACUCGAAGGCCCAGCUUCGGGAAUCCGCGACGUUUAGAAUCCAUGCAAAUUUUCUAUUCAAUUCCAGAACAGCUUCCAUGGCAAAUAAGCGUUCAGUUUUAUGGCGUGGUUCAUUUUUGCGGAGGAACGAUUUUGCGCAAAAAUAUCGCCUUGACUGCUGGUCACUGCAUUGAAGGUUUCCAGGCCUGGGAACUCGCGGCAGUCGCAGGAAUAACGGAUAGAUCUUCAUCGGCGAGUUCAAUGCAAGUCCGCCGCGUAGAACGAAUGGAAGCUCAUCCAAAAUACAAUCCUGUUAAUGCUUUGAACGACUUGGGAAUCAUUCUUUUGGAAACUGACUUCGACUUCAACUCAUUUGUGCAACAUAUUCCUCUACCGAAAGAAACCACGAUUGUCAAACCUGACUCUGACUGCAUCGUUUCCGGCUGGGGAUCGACGGACCCGUACGGGAUCGAAGACGCCUCCCGCCUCCAAUACGCCAAACUGAAAAUCGUGCCGGACUCCCGAUGCCAAGAGAGACUCACUGUGUUCCGUCGCGUCUACGGACAAUCCUUCAGCAAGGACCUGCACCUUUGCGCUGCCGUGGAAUCUGGACUGGCCAAUGCCUGCUUCGGCGACUCUGGCGGCCCCUUCGUGUGUCCCACUCGACGGAAUGCGACCUUCCUGGCCGGGGUCGUUUCGUGGGGACCCGAGGUCUGCGGGUCAUCGGUCAUACCCGUGGUCUUCACGGAUGUGAGGGCGUACUUGCCGUGGAUAGUGAGGACAGUGGCAGACUUGCACCAGGCCCAGCAGCGAAUGAUGAAUUCUACCUGAUGACGAAGCGUCAGUGCUUGAUGGUGCAAGGAGGGGGGUGUUUCUUGAAUGUUCUCAGAGUUGACAUGAAAACCGCUGUGGUGAAACAUUUAAACUUGUUUUCAUACAGUAUAUUCGUGUGCCUAUAGUGUAAAUGAAGCGUACGGAAAAUAUUCGUCGCGAUAAAUAAGGGUGUUCUGAGCAGAAAAUUACUUAUUGAAGAUCAUGAUCUUCAUCAAAAAGAGGUUUGCUUCGUCUGGAACAAGUGCAAAAAUGAAUUUACAACCGUCCAGGAUUUUCCAUCAGUAAAACUUGCAUUUCAUGAAGUUAAAAAAGGUUCCUUUCUCGUAUUUGUUCAAAUGAUAAAUAUUCAAGAGACACUUACGCUCUGGAGAAGUUAUCCGAUUAAAUUUUCCCUGAGGUUACUAUUAAUGCCUUCUGCAAUUUCAUGGGUAUUAAUCCGGUUCUCAUUUUUUUUAUUUAAAAAAAUCUUCUCGAAGAUUUUUAAAAUUUGCUCGCCCCUUUAUUUUUUUCCCAUCCAACGGUUUUCAAAGAAUAUUUGAAUACAUUUUUUCUUUAUUGCAUAUAUCCAUCUUAUUGUGAACUCUGAGAU